CUUUAGAGCAGUUAUAUAUAAGGCCGAGGAGCUCGGAGCCCAAGAGACCUUGUGGAUAGAAACUUGAGCCAGAGGUCAGAGGCACACACAGAAAUAGCCACGUUGGGUGGGUGAGCGUGCACCAUGAGCAGCAAAUAUGAUGUGAUCGUGGUGGGCGGAGGAAUCUCAGGUAUGGCAGCAGCCAAAUUGCUUCAUGAUUCUGGACAGAGUGUUGUAGUGCUGGAAGCCCGGGAUCGAGUAGGUGGAAGAACUUUUACCGUAAGAAAUAAAAAUGUUAAAUACGUAGACCUUGGAGGAUCCUAUGUUGGACCAACCCAGAAUCGGAUAUUAAGGUUAGGUAAAGAGCUGGGAUUAGAGACCUAUAAAGUGAAUGAAAUAGAGCAUCUCAUCCACCAUGUCAAGGGCAAAAGUUAUCCCUUCAGAGGUCCAAUUCCUCCAGUAUGGAACCCUAUCGCAUUCUUGGAUCAUAAUAACUUAUGGAGAACGAUGGAUGACAUGGGAAAACAGAUUCCAAGUGACGCUCCCUGGAAAGCACCUCUCGCAGAAGAGUGGGAUUUCAUGACAAUGAAGGAGCUAUUGGAUAAGGUCUGCUGGACUGAAUCUGCCAAACAGCUUGCCACACUGUUUGUGAAUCUCUGUGUCACUGCUGAGACGCAUGAAGUCUCUGCCCUUUGGUUCCUGUGGUAUGUGAAGCAGUGUGGGGGCACAACCAGAAUUAUUUCAACAACCAAUGGAGGACAGGAAAGGAAGUUUGUUGGAGGUUCUGGUCAAGUUAGUGAGAGGAUAAUGGAACUUCUUGGAGACAGUGUAAAGCUGGAAAGGCCUGUAAUUCAUAUUGAUCAGUCUGGUGAUAAAGUUAUUGUGGAGACACUGAACCAUGAGAUAUAUGAGGCCAAAUAUGUCAUUAGUGCUAUUCCUCCAGCACUGGGUAUGAAGAUUCAUUUUAACCCACCCUUACCAAUGAUGAGAAACCAGUUGAUUAGUCGUGUUCCUUUGGGUUCAGUCAUCAAAUGUAUAGUAUAUUACCAUGAACCUUUUUGGAGGAAAAAGGAUUACUGUGGAUCUAUGAUCAUUGAAGGGGAGGAAGCUCCAAUUGCCUACACUCUAGAUGACACUAAGCCAGAUGGUAGUUAUGCUGCCAUAAUAGGAUUUAUUCUUGCCCACAAAGCAAGAAAAUUGGCACGUCUUACCAAAGAAGAAAGGAAGAAGAAACUCUGUGAACUCUAUGCAAAGGUUUUGGGAUUAAAAGAAGCACUCAAUCCAGUGCAUUAUGAAGAGAAAAACUGGUGUGAGGAACAGUACUCAGGAGGCUGCUACACAACUUACUUCCCUCCAGGAAUAAUGACUCAGUAUGGGAGGAUUCUUCGCCAGCCAGUUGGCAGGAUUUAUUUUGCUGGAACGGAGACUGCUACACACUGGAGCGGAUAUAUGGAAGGAGCAGUGGAGGCAGGAGAGAGGGCAGCUAGAGAGGUACUACAUGCUAUGGGAAAAAUUCCAGAGGAUGAAAUCUGGAAGUCAGAACCAGAAUCUGUGGAUGUGCCAGCCCAGCCAAUCACCACCACCUUCUUGGAGAGGAACUUGCCUUCUGUGCCAGGACUUCUGAGACUGAUUGGAUUAUCUACAGUCUUGACUUCAGCAGCUGCUCUUUUCUUAGGCUAUAAAAGGGGGCUCCUUCUGAAAAACUGAAAAGGCCCCUUUUUAGGGAAAUUUAAAGCACUUAGACUCCCCAUUACAGAAAGCAGAUUAUUGGGUUGUUAUUGUUUUGGUUUUUGGGUUUUCUUUUCCAAUUACAACACCUGAUUGCCUCUGCUAUCAAAAGCCUCCCUUCAAAUCUAUCUCAUCAGUUUCCUUGCUUGCUGCUCUCGGACUUUACUCUAGUCAAGAAAAUUCACUCAUUGUGCCCUGAUUCUCACUCCCUACCUUUGUGACCAUUUUGAUUUUUUUAAUGGCUAUCUGCUUCCUUCUCCCACUUUCUCUCACAGACCCAGAGAGUGGGGAGGAACGUUAGCUUCAUCCAAUCAACCUCUUUAUUGUGCAGAUGAAGAAACUGAGGCCCAAAGAGGGGGAGGAACCUGCUUAUGAGGUCACAAGACCACUUACUUGGUAGUACAGUCAAUAGUCUCUCCAGAUUCCUACAUUCAGUCGUCAUUCCCUUUGCCUCUGACUCAAAACCUUGUCCAAGGAAGUAGUCUGCAAAUAACCUGAGCUCACUAGCACACUCUUUCCUAUGUUCCCUACAUAUUGCAUAUUGUGUUAAUUCAUAUGACUUAUAUGUUAUUCUCUGUAUGUACCUACAUUUUUGCUCCAACCUGAGAGCAGGUUCGUUGCUUUCCAUUUCUUUCAUGUUCUGAAAUGCUUAUGUGUGGUAAUCAAUGCUAAUUAACCAUUCAAUAAAAAUUAUUCGUUGAAUCCA